UGAACAACAGCUGCGCUCGCUCUCUGCAGCAAUGUCCCUCCUUCUCUCCAAGCUCUGUACUCUUCCUCUUCACCCUCCGUACCCUGACCCAGGACUCCACUAUCCCUCCCGGAGACUCCCUUAUCCUCGUCUCCAAACACUGCGAGUCCUCUGCACCAAGAGGACCGGCAAACAGCGCUACCCGUCGGAGAAGAAGAAGCUGAAAUCCAAGCACAAGGAAACUCUAGUUCAGGUCAAGAACAAGUUCGAGGGGAUCUGGAGGCUGUCCAAGCUCGGAGUUCCGGUUCACAAGGACCCCGGGAAGGACUUCCUCGGCAUCUCUGAGGGCUUGCUGGAUGAGAUUGCCAAAGUGCUUGAAUUCCCGGUUGCUUUGAUGCUGCCACAGGAUGCGUUCUCUGUUUUUCGGAAAUCUUUUGAUGCAAGGAAGAUGUUGAAGGAGCCAAAAUUUGUAUAUACUGUGGACAUGGAUGUCAGUAAACUCCUGAGUUUAGAGCCUCGUACUUGGGAUUUCAUUUCCGAGCUGGAGCCUAAAGUUGGACUAGUAGAACAUAUGCCUAAUGCAAGAGUUUCUGGUGAUUUGAUUAGUAUAAUACGUGAUGGAAAAAAGAAUGACACGGGUAAAAUGACAAGAGAAAAUGGACCUAACAGUUUUUCUGUGUCAGAAAAAUCAUACAAGUGCCCGACAACCAGAAAGCCCAAAAUUGCAGUUGUUGGUAGUGGACCAUCUGGCCUGUUUGCUUCUCUUGUUCUUGCGGAACUUGGCGCUGAUGUUACCUUAAUAGAAAGAGGCCAAGCUGUUGAGCAAAGGGGGCGUGACAUUGGUGCUUUGGUAGUUCGCCGUGCUCUACAAGUAGAAAGCAAUUUUUGCUUUGGGGAGGGUGGUGCAGGUACCUGGAGUGAUGGAAAGCUGGUAACUAGAAUUGGAAGAAACAGUGGCAGUGUUCUGACGGUUAUGAAAACUUUAGUACACUUUGGAGCUCCAAACAAUAUUUUGGUCGAUGGUAAGCCUCACUUGGGGACGGAUAGGUUGAUUCCUUUGCUUCGCAACUUUCGGCAACAUCUACAAGGACUUGGUGUCACAAUCAAGUUUGGGACAAGGGUAGACGAUCUGCUUGUAGAGGAUGGACAUGUUGUGGGGGUUAAAGUCUCUGAUUCAAGAGACAAAUUGCGGUUCAAUGGUCAGAAGUUGGGAUAUGAUGGGGUUGUUCUGGCUGUUGGGCAUUCUGCCCGUGAUAUAUAUCAUAUGCUUCUUUCUCAUAAUAUGGUGUUGAUACCAAAAGAUUUUUCUGUUGGUUUGCGGAUUGAGCAUCCUCAAGAACUAAUGAACAGAAUACAGUAUUCCACUUUGGCCACUGAGGUUUGUAAAGGACGUGGAAAAGUACCAGUGGCAGAUUACAAGGUCGUCAAGUAUGUUAAUGGAGAGGAUGGGGACCUACCUUCCAAUUCACGGGCACCAAGUCGCAGCUGCUACUCCUUCUGCAUGUGUCCUGGUGGGCAGGUUGUUCUCACUAGUACAAACCCAUCUGAACUCUGUAUCAAUGGCAUGUCCUUCUCUAGACGUGCAUCAAAGUGGGCAAAUGCAGCACUUGUUGUGUCUGUCUCAACCAAGGAUUUUGAUGCACAUAGUUGCCAUGGAGCUCUUGCAGGGGUUGAAUUUCAGAGGGAAUAUGAGAGAAGAGCAGCAAUAAUGGGUGGGGGAAAUUUUGUGGUGCCUGUACAGACAGUAACUGAUUUUCUGGAAAACAAGCUAUCGGUAACAUCUGUGCCACCAUCAAGCUAUCGAUUAGGAGUGAAGGCAGCAAAUCUCCAUGAGCUAUUCCCAACCCAUAUUACAGAGGCUUUGCAACGUUCAAUAUCAGCAUUUGACAAAGAGUUGCCAGGAUUUAUAUCCAGUGAAGCCCUUCUGCAUGGAGUGGAGACUAGAACCAGCUCUCCCAUCCAGAUUCCCCGCAACAUUGACACCUAUGAGAGCACGUCGCUGAAAGGACUCUAUCCAGUUGGUGAAGGAGCAGGGUAUGCUGGAGGAAUUGUAAGUGCUGCGGUUGAUGGCAUGCAUGCAGGUUUCGCUGUGGCAAGAAACUUUGAUUUGUAUGACAGUUGUGUAGAGUCCUUUUUGGGCAAGGCUCAGGGCGCUGGAUUUGUGAGGUACUAGGAGAAAUUGGCCGUUUCUCCGGCAACUGAUGCAGACCACAAGAACAAGGUCAAUAAUCAUCCAUAUGGGUUCCAAAUAUCCAAGAUAGCAGAUAAAUCUCCUCUAUAAUUGUGCUUGGAAGAGCCAGAACUCUGAAAUUUGAACCGAACGGUGUACCUUGGAAGCAAAGUUGAAGAACAAUGUCUUUUCGUGUCCGUUAGACACGGCAACAUAUACUGCUUAGUUACUACGAAACAGUUUACAAUUAUCUUGUUUUCGUAAGUCAGUUGAUUGUGUUGUUUGCUUGGAGUAUCUACUGCUGGAGUGGAUCCUGGAAUCAGUGAUGGAAGGGUGUAUUAUAAGAGUAGCAUGCUGAUCGCUAGCCUGAGACAUCCAUUGUUCUCUAACCCCAUGGAAGUUACAUAGCAAGGAACAUCUCAAACAACCUGGACUUGUGAAAGCAAUUUGUAAAAUUUGACCUUGUAAUUUUACAGUUGAUCAAAUUAUUAAUACUUGUAAUUUCGGAAGUGACAUUUAACCAAGACAUAUUUUGUUCAUGUGGAAACCUUGAUUAGAUGCUGUCAAGGUCAAGUUUUGCCGAUCAAUGAUACAGAUUCUGUCUUUGAUUUAA